GGGGGCGCACGCCGAGGAGGAGGCGGGGCGGGGCUCGAAUGCGCGCGCCGCAGCCUCCCCCUCCAGGAGCGAAAGAGGCUCCAACCGUAGCUGGGGAAAGGCGGCAGCGGCGCGAGCCUAGGACCGGCAGCGCAGCAGGUUGCACAGGAAAAAAUCAGAAGAUUUUUUGGAUGACUUCAUGAGGCUGUGUGUGUCUCGAAAAUGGUAGUUCCUGGGAGCGCUCCUGUCAUACAGCAGGACCAUGCCAUUGAACCUGACUUGGGGCGGGGCUCAACAGAGAAUUCCGCAAUGGGAUCUGAGACAGAACUAGGUACUGAUCAGGUGCACCCAGAGUUGGAGGAGGUACGAAAGCUGCAGGAACUAGUGAGAAGACUUGAGAUCCAGAAUCAGCAGCUGAGAACUAGGAGCCACAGAAAUGUGCUAGGGACAAAUACACAAACAAACACGGGUGUAAAUAAUCAUAACUCAGGGCUCAAUGGAAUGGAAAUUAACAAUAGCAUCAACACUAUAACAGAGAAGCAAGAAUUACAGAUAAUGGCAGAUGUACAUGACAAACUAAGUAAAAUAAGAAGAGAGGUGAAAGAGAGCGACUGCUUAAAAAAAGUUGUGGAUAUACAAAUGCAUUAUAGCCUCCCUAGUAUUACUGAGAAAGUGUCUCCCAACUCAAAAUAUAUGAAUGAUGCAGAAAUGCAGAAUGAUGUUAAUGUCAGCUGUUCUUCAAGUCUGGAUAGGAGUAGCAGCACAGAACUCGUGGAAGACUUAAUCACUAUAGGUAUUCAUCCAUCUGUAAAAAUGAGUGAACAGAAUCUAAAUGAAGAGAGUGGAGAUUUAGAAAGCUUCUUGAAUGAUACUGCUUUGGAUGAAGUGGAAGUGCUAGAACUUGGGAACUGCAGUGAUGAAGAGGACAGCUGGCUGUAUGUCUCUCCAAGAAAAUCUACUGCAGAUCAGAAACAGAGUCUCCUCUUAAAAUGGUGUCGACAAGUGUUGGAUAACCCAAGUGCUGAGACAGAAGUAGCCUGCCGAACCCUUAUAAAUAGACUUGACCAAGGUUACUUGAGCAUGCAUUCUGCACUGAGCUCUCAGUCCUCUGUAGAUAGUGAGCUGAGUACAUCUGAUGACUCCAUCUCCAUGGGAUACAAGCUGCAGGACUUGACUGAUGUCCAGGUUAUGGCACGCCUACAGGAGGAAAGUCUCCGCCAGGACUAUGCUUCAAGUUCUGCUUCAGUGUCCCGUCGCAGUUCCAGUGCUUCCCUUCACUCUCUGAGGAGAGGCACCUAUAGUGACCAGGAGUUUGAUACAUAUAGUCUGGAGGAUGAGGAUGAUUAUGAUUGUUCGCUAUCCUAUCGUAGUGCUCACAGGUACUCGCCAUCUCCUCUCAGCUCCCCCCGUUGCCAGUCUCCUUCUUCAGGUGCAGAUUACAGCAGGACAACAACCUCUCGAAUUCGACCCCCAAGGAGAGCUGUGCAGAGUCCAAUGCAAGACCCACUAAAAUACACAAAUAACGAAGAGGAAAUGCGCCACAGCAUGCCUAACCUGGCUAGGACAAGCCUUCGAUCACUGGAAUCUGUAAGAAGCAGUCGGAGUCUGGAAUCAGAUUUGCAGGUGCCCAGCAGCCGACUUUCCAGAAUUCAGCAACCAUCAACAAUCUUCACAGACAAGAUCAGCUCCCAAACUGCUGCACUGGGUAGCACAGUAUGGGGAGGAGGUCUGACUCCCAGUAAACUCAGAUAUUCCUCUAGUGCUGGCCAGUCUCCCUUAACGGUCCGACAGCCAAUGAAAGCAGGGUCAUGCACAAACUCUCUGUUGACACCAAGGCAGCCACUAAAAGCUUCCAGUUACACCACUCCUGCAAGUGGAGUCCGAAAGCCACAGUCUUCAACUCUCAGUCCAGGAUCUUCUAGUAGCAGUUCUUCUACUACAAGAAGCAAUAGUAUGGCCACCGGAGCCAAAAAUUCACCUGUUAAAGCACGAACAUCUGUUGGAGGAACUUCUACUCCGAAGAGCAAGCUGAUACAGCCAUCCAAGAGAUUUCUUCAGUCAGCGAAGACCAGUCAGACAACUGCUGAUGAUUCCUGGAAGGAUGGGUGUUACUAAGCCAACUCAAAGAAGCUGAUAAACUGUCAAACAUCUGUAUGAAGCAUACCCCCAGCUGGCUGGGCAUGAGAACAUUAUUUUAAAAUAUGCCUUGCCCCAGACUUAUCACAUAGGACUGUUUCCCUAUCUUUUGAAUGCAAAUUACCCCCUUCCCUUCAUUUAUUUUGCAAAGAGUUUGGUCUCUUACUAGUAGAAAUAGACAGCUUUUUCUUUACUGUAUUCCUACUGUUCAGAAUAUACUACUGAAGUCUGAAAAACAUCAGAUGAAGACUGGUUGACGCUGACCUGUGUAUCUCUAGUACAACUAUCUACUAGAUCAGCAGUGUGUUGUUGGAAGAGAUGUUGACUUAGAUACAAUAUGAUCUGUUCAUGGGAAAAUGUGCUUGGAAGGGCAUAGGUGGUAAUGUCUGUGCCAUCAAGAAAUUUUAACCCACUGUGCUUCCUUGUUGCUAAGCAGUGGUUUGGAGAUUAGAAAAAUAGUUGUAUAGAUGUUAGAAAAUGAGGUUUGAUUGUGUUUUUUAAAUUCACCUGGUGUAAUUAACUUUUGCCUGAAGUUCAAAGUUUUUUUUUACUUGUUCCUGUAUAGAAUGUUUCUUCUCUGCAACUUUCUAUUAAUGUUUGUUCUAGAAGAUGAAGCAGCUUUUUAUAACUUAGUACAGUUCAAAAAGACAUUUGUAUUAGUGUGCGCAUCACCACAUGUAAGUUCACAAAUGAAGGAGUAGUACACAAUAUUUGUGUGGGUUUAUGAACAGGCAGUCACACUUCAGUAGUUGCUACUUAAAAACUAUCAAAUUUCAGUAUUUGCUGUGUUCCAUAACUUCUCUAGGAAAUACCAAACCUUGGUAAGCUGAACUACUACAGGUGAGUCUGGAUCUGAAUGGCCUCCCGUUGUAUACUGGAGAGAAGCUAUUGCACCUGAAGUGAUUCCCUCCAUGAUCUACUUUACCCAUUCAGUAACAAUUGCCCUUUUACUGGUUUUGUAUAAAAAAAACUUUUCUACUGCCAUUUUUUCAUACGAAGGAAUCUGUUCAAAAUGAGUCCCCAUCCUCGGCAAACUAUGGAGGCCACUGAUUCAAUCAUAUUUUCUGAAAUAUGUACUGGUAAUAGAACUCAGUGAUGUUCUCCCUGCCAUCAAUGUGAUUUGAUAGUGUAGUUUAAUAAAAAAUGUUAAGUUGCUGAAACUAGAUAUGCCUUUAACUACUGAACUUUGUGGUAAUAUUUUUAUAAAAAAACUUAAUGGGCAGAGGGACAAAAUAUUCACUUUUAGAUCUCAGUACUUACUUUCAGAAACAUGUAGGUUUACCACUACAGAACACUUCUUCUGUUUAUUAUUUGCAUUACAGGCUUUUGAGUAAUUACAUAUAGGUAGAUUAAAAUUGAUGCUACAUUUACACACACUCUGGAGCCUCAAAUCAAUUGGAAUGUGAUUUUAGAAAACUUUAAAGAAACACAGGUCCAGGUUCUUUGCAAAGGAAAAGUUAACAAAAUGAGGGCCUGGAAUCAUUCUCUCCUACUGUUUCUGCAGGAAUCAACCCUAAUGGCAGAGCGUGAUGACUAUGAUAAACUUCAGAAGCAUAUAGCUUCCAAGGCCAGAAGGGAUCAUUAUGAUAAUCUUAUUGCCUGUGUUUACAGGUUGUCAGGUUAGAACACUUCCAAAAUAAUUCUGAGAGUACAGCUUUAGAGAAACACCCACUCUUAAUUUUAAACAUCCAUGACACUUGGUUAAUUGCAUUCACUGUUAAAUGUGCACAUUAGUUCCAGUCCAAAUUUGCCUAGCUUCAAUUUCCAGACAUUGGAUGGUUAUACAUUUCUCUGCUAGAUGGAAGAGCCUUAAAUAUUUUUUCCCCCUGUAAAUAUUUGUACACUAAUCAGAUCACUAUUUAACCUUUUCUUUGUUAAACUGUAUGGAGCUCAGUCACUAUAAAACAGCUUUUGUAAUCCUUCAGUCA